UCAAAUUGCUGGUUUGUGUUCAUUUAUAGUUUGUUAUGCUGGACAACGGCAAUGUUAUGAACAAUGAAUAUUUUAGCUGGCGAUGUCAGCGGUAUUUCUUCAUGUCGGUCAAUGCGGAAACCAAAUAGGAAAGGCUUUCUGGAAGAAAACAUCACAAGACAAAGCUGUUAAUGAUGGACACACUUUUAUACACCCUGAUGGAAAGCAAAGAUCUGUACAUGUAGAUAGUGAGCCAAAAGUUGUACAAAAGGCUUGUAAAGGUCUAAAAAUAAGAGAUGGAAACAUUGUAUCUGGAAAGAGAGGAAGAGGAACAAAUUGGGCAUUAGGUUACCAUGGACUGAAGAAGAGUGGAGAGGAUCACAUACUAGAGGAUACUGCAAACCAAGUCAGGAAAGAAAUUGAAAGAUGUGACAUGUACAGUGGUUGUAUUAUGAUGCACAGUUUAACUGGUGGAACAGGAUCAGGAUUAGGAUCUCGUCUUUGUGAGGCCAUGAGGGAGGAAUAUCCCAUGAACCACCUGAUUUCCUGUACUGUGGCACCGUGUUUGACAGGAGAAAGUCCAUUACAGAACUAUAAUGCUUUACUAACACUGUCAUACCUUCAAAGGAAUACAGACUGUGUUGUUCUGACUUAUAACGAUGAUGUUCUCGGAAAACUGCAGAGAAAGAUGGAGAGUGUUUCUUUUGAUGCCAUGAACACCUCUAUAGCAUCUGCUCUAGGUGGAGUAUUCCUGCCCACAGAUACCAUGACACCAAAAAGUGGGCCAAGUAUUGGUAUGGAACCUUGGGAGAUGAUAAGAUCUGUUUGUCCACUGCCUGCAAAUAAAUUUGUACAGGUCCAUCAUAUAGCUAAGAGUAAGUUGUCUUGGGCAGGAUUACAGAAACAGAUGAGUCAAGGCAUUAGACGGCACGAUAGCAAAGGAAAUGUAUUUGGUAGUAUAGGUAAUGUAGUGAUAGCACGAGGUGACAGUACAGAGACAUUUUAUCCUCAGAUGACACAGGGGCUGGAGAAAAAGUUCCGUAAAUCUUUCAACACUGUCAGCUGGAAUCCAUUCCCUAUAGAUAUCUGGACUGCCAAGACCAACAGUAUUGGACCAAAAGACACAGCUUCGAUAACAGUAGCAUCAAAUUCAGAGUCAAUAGUAGAAUACCUCGAGACAGUCUAUGAAAGGUCAAGGGUCAAAUUUGCUGCAAAAGCUUAUCUCCAUUGGUACAACAAAUACGGAGUAACCAAUGUAAGUAGGAUAGUGUUUAGAUGGAGUAACCAAUGAGGAUUUUGAAGAAGCAUUUGAUGUUGUUGAAGACAUUAUACAGAAUUAUAAAAGUGCAUUUUCAUGAAAUAUAAAUAAAAUUUAUGAUUUUAAUAUUCAUAAUCAUCAAAACAAA